UGUAAAGGGGAGGGUCUAUGAGGUGGCAUUCUAGAAGGAUGCAGGAAGUGGCACAGGAGGCAGAUAAAUAUUCCCUCACAAACAAGGGCUUGUGGAAGUCAUGUCCUACUUCAUGUCUCCACAAACUCAUCCAGGUCUUCUUGUUUCUGGUCAAGGUGGGGCCGCUCCUUCAGCCUCAUCCCUUGGGCUCUAUAGUCCUGCUGAGCCCAUGGUGGUGGCUCCUGGCCAACUAGGCCUGCUAAGCCAGAAGGCUGAGCAGGUGACACCUGCUGCCCAAGCCUGGGGCCCGGCCCUGGCAGCACCUGAAGCCAGGGGCUUCCCUAGGGGAACUGGCUGGGAGAUGUUGCCGUGGAGGAAGGAGUCCAGCCGAUACUGCCACACAUCCCCUCACCUGAGGCAGCCCGAGAGCUUGGGCUGGGAGGAUGGUGGCUCCCGAAGCAGAGCUGCCCAGCUCCACGGCCCCAACUGGCCUAGGCCCCUGCUGCUGUGUGGGCUGUCGCCAGGGGCUCUGCCCGUGCCCUCUGAGGCCGGGGGUAAGGAGGCUGACUCCCAGCCUGACAUCUGUAUCCUCACCCUGGCCAUGAUGAUCGCCGGCAUCCCCACGGUGCCUGUGCCAGGCCUGCGGGAAGAAGACCUGAUCCGGGCAGCCCAGGCUUUCAUGAUGGCUCACCCAGAGCCAGAGGGAGCUGUGGAGGGGUGUGGCGGGAACAGGUGCAUAUCCAUGCACCCCCUGGGCAGAUGCCCCUAG